AUGAGUGAAUGGACACUUUGGUUACGGAAUUUCAGCAAGGCAAUCUCAGACAAUGGCGGGAUCCGGGCAUCAGUGUACAAACUUUACCGCCAGAAUGAUUUGAAAGAUGGAACAUUGGUUGGAGAAGAUCAGUUUGGCAAUAAAUAUUAUGAGAACACCCGGUACUUUUUCGGCAGAAACAGAUGGGUCAUUUACCAUCCCAGUGUUGGAGUGGAUUAUGAUGGGAGUAUGAUCCCUCCAGACUGGUAUGGAUGGUUGCACUACAAAACUGACUUCGCACCGACUGUCAAGGCUCGCGUAAAAUACCCAUGGAUGAUGAAGUACGAAAAAAAUCUUUCGGGUACUAAACAUCAGUAUACUCCUUAUUCAACCACUGUCCCAAAAAUUAUCGCCUGGAAACCGAAAUCAAAGUCUAAGGAUUGAUUUUGCAGGUUCGAUCAUUCGAAUCUAUUCGGGGAUUUUAUCAUUGGAUUUUAAUUUAUUCGUGGGGCGAUGAAUUCACUUCGGGAGGACGAGCGACAUCUAUCUUCCCGUUGUAGUCAUUCCGUUUCCACCUGCAAAAUGUUUAAAGCAGAUACCUCUUUCAACAUCUUCAAGCUAGUUCCCAAGCUGUAUCGCUCAAGAUGAAGAGUAAUGCACUAAAUAAAAAAAAAUAUUUCAAGCCGCCAAGGAC